AUGCCAGGAGUACUUGCGUAUGAAGAAGAGCCUGAUCCGGACUACAUGGAUAUAGCUUGGAGAGCUGUGGAUGCUGUUAAUGAAAACGUUGACGACGGAGAUAAUCUUAUGGUUCCAAUAGAGAUCCGACGGGGAAAGACAUACGAAAUACGAGGUUUCACGAGUUUCGUCCUCCACGCACUGUAUGGCGAAUCUGGAUGCAAGAAAGGAGAAGCAAAUACUAUAAAUGCCGCCAACUGUCCACUGGUAGAAGACGGACAGCGAGCUCUCUAUGAAGUCGAUUUGGGGAUUCUUCUCCUAUUAUUAUUAUUAUUAUUAUUAUUAUUAUUAUUAUUAUUAUUAUUAUUAUUAUUAUUAUUAUUAUUAUUAUUAUUAUUAUUAUUAUUAUUAUUAUUAUUAUUAUUAUCACUAUUAUUAUUAUUAUUAUUAUUAUUAUUAUUAUUAUUAUUAUUAAUUAUUAUUAUUAUACAGUGUGACUAA